AUGGUGGGUCUGUUCGACAAGCAAGCGGAGAUGUACGUGGACGCUCGUCCGACAAGCAAGCGGAGAUGGUACUCCAUGCUCGCUUCUCGCACUCCUCGUCACUCCCUCGCUCGGGACGUCGGCGCCGGCAAUGGCCAAGCCGCCCUCUGUGUAGCCCAGAACUAUGACCGGGUGAUCGCCACUAAUGCGAGCACAGUCCAACUAAAAUGUGCGAUGCAGCAUCCGAAGGUCCAUUACGUCCACACCCCAAUACGCAUCUCUAACGUCGAAAUCAUGACCUUAAUUGGAGGUGAAAAUUCAGUAGAUUUAAUUACGGUGGCUCAAGCAGUGCACUGGUUCGACCUACCCAAUUUCUACUCCCUCUUGACCCGUCUGCUCCAGAAGCCGGGAGGUGUGGUGGCAGUAUGGUGCUACAAUGGCAUUGGAGUGAGCUCUACAUUUGAUCCGGUCAUGAAACGCUUCCAUGAAACUACGCUGCCCUUUUGGGACCCCAACAUAAAGCACAUAUCCGAUGGUUACGAGAAACUUCCUUUCCCGUUCGAGAGUGUGGGGUUGGGUUGUGAAGGUGAGCCACUGCCACUGGAUAUACCAAAGGAUCUCUCUUGCGAAGGGUUUCCGAGGGUGUUAAGGUCAUGGUCCGCAGUUACUACGGCUAAGGAAUGA